AUGACCGCGCAGUCUUUUGUCAGCUUCUUGCUUCUGGUACCUCACGUCCUUGCCUGUGCAGGACACGGAAACCAUUACGAGGCAGGCGACAGGAGGCGCAAGAUGUCGGCUCCUGAGACUUCAUCCGACUGGGCGUACGAGGCCUCCUUCAACUGGGGCCGCAUCAGCUCCAGCGAGUCUGGCUCGAACUACAGCUUGUGCCAAACGGGCACGCAGCAGUCGCCUAUCGCGCUCAGUCUGAACAACGGCCUGGCCCUGGACCACAAGAUCAAGUUCGCCUACCCCAACGAGACGACGGGCAACUUCUAUAACUGGGGCUACGGCCCCGCCAUCACCGUCACGCACCCCGAGGGGGUCUACGCCGGCAACCCGUCCUUCACCUACGACAACAUGACGGUCUAUCUGAAGGGCUGGCACAUCCACUCGCCGGCGGACCACCCGGUCAACGGCGGCAGGUCCAAGGCGGAGCUGCACCUCGUCCACGUCGACGCCCGGGGCCACGACAAGGCUGUGCUGGCCAUCCGGCUCGACCCCGGCAACGCCAACAGCAAAGACGCCUUCUUCGGCCAGCUUCCGUCGAUGAUUGGCUUCAACGAUGCGGGGGUGCAGCAGCGGAUCAGCAUGGACCAUACGCUGGCCCUCGGCAGCGUGCUGCUCUUCAACGAGUUCUGGACGUACCAGGGAAGCCUGACAAGCCCGCCCUGCCACGAAGGCAUCCGAUGGUUCGUCGCCCGUCAAGUCGUAUACAUAGGUGUCGAUCAGAUGAGGAGUAUCCUGGGCGCGAGCACCUAUAGCGCGAGGGCUGAACAGGAGGUUUGGCAGCACCGCAUCAACGAGGGGGAGGCAAUAUUCUUCGGCCCAAGGUGUGGCCAAGGGCCUUGA